GCCCUUAUAAACCAAGCACCCUCCUCCAUACCAAAAGGCACCACAUACAGCAGAACAACAGAAGAAAGAAAAAAGUGAUCCAAACCCCAUUAUUAAUCUCCUUUCACUCUUUUGCUCCUUCUGCUUUUUCUUCAAGUUCUUUCCAUUCUCAUACAAUCCAAAUGGCCCCUUAAGAAAUACAAAUAGAUCGAAGAAGAAAGAAAACACAACCACCAAGAUUCUCCUCAUUCAUUCAUUCCAACAAAAGGAUCUUUACUUAGUUCCUUUUGUUCCUCCCCAAAAAAGAACACUCUUUAUUUAUUUUCCUUUGAACACUCUUCACCAUGGACAGCUUCUACCACCACCAUAACCACCACUUUGACAACAGCGACACUCACUUGCCACCUGGAUUCCGAUUCCACCCCACCGAUGAAGAACUCAUCACCUACUACCUCGUCAAGAAGGUUCUCGACAACACCUUCACCGGAAGAGCCAUAGCUGAAGUUGACCUCAACAAGUGUGAGCCAUGGGAGCUCCCUGAGAAAGCGAAGAUGGGUGAGAAAGAAUGGUACUUCUUCAGCUUAAGGGACAGGAAGUACCCAACUGGGUUGCGCACAAAUAGAGCGACGGAAGCUGGGUACUGGAAAGCCACUGGAAAAGACAGAGAGAUCUACAGCUCCAAGACUUGUGCUCUUGUUGGAAUGAAGAAGACACUUGUUUUCUACAGAGGAAGAGCUCCCAAGGGUGAGAAGAGCAACUGGGUGAUGCAUGAGUAUCGCCUUGAAGGCAAAUUUGCCUACCAUUAUCUCUCUAGAAGCUCCAAGGAUGAGUGGGUGAUUUCUCGUGUGUUCCAGAAGACAACCACCGGGGGUGGCGGUGGAGGCGGAGGCUCAGCCGUGUCAACCACCGCCGGCGGGUCCAAGAAGGCAAAAAUGAGCACUUCAACCACCACUUCUACAAUGAGCUUCUGCCCUGAACCAAGUUCUCCCUCUUCGGUUUACCUUCCACCACUUCUCGACUCCUCACCUUACACUACCGCCACCACCGGCUCCGUCACCUCCGCCGCCGCAGCAUACGACGGCCGCCAGAGCUCCUCCUUCGACAACAACAACAACGAUAGCACAAGGGAGCACGUGUCCUGUUUCUCCACAAUCUCCAACAACUUUGUCAAUGGGUUCUUCGAUCUUGCUCCUAUGGACUCCUUCGCUCGAUUCCAAAGAAACAACAAUGUCGGUGUUUCUGCAUUCCCAAGUCUAAGGUCUCAGCAAGAUAACCUUCAAAUUAACCCUUUGUUUUUCUCCGCCGCAGCGGCGCAGCCUCUCCACGGCGGCGAGCUUCACGCCGCGGGGGCCUGGCCGGUGCCGGAGGAUCAGAGGGUUGCCGAGGCUGCUGCCGCCGGCAUGGCUUUGGGACAUUCCGAGCUUGAUUGCAUGUGGGGCUAUUGAAGUCUUUUCCCAUUGACCCUUUCAAGCGUUGACUUUCAUGGUUAGGAUUUGACUAAGAAGUGUCUUUCUACUUUCUAAUGCUUUGUUAUUAUUAGGGUUUAUGUUAGACUUGAAUUACAAGUUAGUAGUACUUUUUAUGGUAGCUUAUUAAUUAUAAGAUCAUUGCUAAUGCUAAUUAUUCUAUCUCUCUCUUGCUAGGGUAGUUUGAAUUCGGUUAUUGUAACGUGUUUGGGUGUUGAAGUUUAAAUUCGGUUACUCUAAUGUGUGUAAUUUCUUAGGGUACUAUUAUUGUUAUUGGAGUACAGUGUACUGUAAUAUAAUGUAUGUGGACCACUAGAAGUGUGUUGUAAUUGUCUCUAAUGUGUUUGGGAAGUGUGUUUUA